AUGAUUGAAUCUCCAUAUUCACCACUAAACUAUAAUACUAAUAAAGUCGAGUUACCAGAAAUUGAUCCAUGUUUUGACCAGUUUCUUUAUAUAGUUGUAAAAGAAAUCGAAUUGAAUCGACAACAUGGAAUAUUGGAGAAAACGAAUGAUUUAAAUGAAACGAAUUUAUUAGUGGAUGGAAUUAACGCUAAAAAUAAAAAAUAUAAACUAAAACAGCUCAAGGAAAAAAUGACAUUACUAGAAGAUUUCGAGAAAGUAACGGAUUUCGACUGCAUUGAAAGUUUGUCUAACGAAGAAUACUUAAUGAAAUAUGUUACUCCUACCUUGACAAAGUUGAUAGUACAAGUUGCUAAAGUGAGACCAAAGAAUCCUGUUGAUUUUUUGGCAUAUAUGGCUCUUAAAGAGAACCCGGAAGGUUUACCAAACUUUCCAGGCUAUUCCAAGGAGGGUGUGAAAAUACAAAAAAUAUUGGAACGGAUGUUCCUUAUGUAUAAAUAUGAUGAACAUGAUAAAAUUAAAUUAAAACCAUUAAUGGACGUUUUAAUAGCACAUUUUACAGAUAACGAAGAUAACCAAAAUAGUGAAGAAGAAUUAUAA